CCACAGAUAAACCACCACAGCAUCCCCUUAUCCUCGAGCCCAAAUUGCGGUAGCGAAAACGCGAGCGCUGCGAAACAAUGGCGACGAUGUCUCUUGCCGCGGCGUCACCCCUAUCCUCCACUGCCCGCGGCAUCGCCGCUCCGCCUCCUCGCACGGCAUUCCUGUCCCUCCGCUUCGGUGGUGUGACGGCGACGCGGUUCGCUGGACUGGCGGCGGCGUCGCAGCCAGUGGAGCGUCGCGCGGCGGCGGCGGUCGCGAUGGCGAAGAGGGAGCAGGAGCUGGAGGAGAUCCGGGCCAUGACGACGGAACAGCUGGAGGAGGAGGUGGUCGACCUCAAGGGGGAGCUUUUCCUGCUCCGCCUUAAGCGCUCGGCGCGCCAGGAGUUCAAGAACAGCGAGUUCGGCCGCAUGCGCAAGAGGAUUGCUCGUAUGCUGACUGUGAAAAGAGAGCGGGAAAUUGAACAAGGAAUCAACAAGAGAUUGUCUAGGAAACUUGAUAGGAAAUGGAAGCAGAGCAUUGUGGUCAGACCACCACCAUCUCUAAGGGAGAACAAAGAGGCGUAGAAAGCCGCAAAAGAGGGCAAUCUGCAAAAGUUGUUUCAUGCGAGUGUUGCAGGAAGGUUCCUUUGUGAUUUCAACCCUUAUUACAUUGUUAUGUAUUCCAUGUUUACAUUUUGCUAAGCAUUGGUAUCCAAGUCUGAAUUUCAGUCGUUAGUCUCUUCUGUAAAUUUUGAUUUAUUUAAGUUUACGCUUCAUUCUGUGUUAUCCA